AUGUAAAGUAAUAGUAUUAUUGAUGCACCAAUAUAAAAUUUUCCAAAUAGGAAAUUUGAAAUAAUAAAAACACUUGGAUAAGGAGUAUAAGGGAGUGUAUUUUUAUGUAAAUCAAAAAAUUGGGGAUUCAAUGAUUAAAAAUAAUUUGCAUUGAAAAUUCAAUAUUAAUCUAAGGCUGAUGAAAUUUAAUUUAUUGAUAAUCUUAUAGCAUAUUAAAAUCAAUAUGAGAAUUUAAUUAAUUAAGGAAAAUCAAAUUAUUAAUCAUCUGGUUUAAUUAGAAUUUAUGAGAGAUUUUAAAUUAAUAACUAAGAUAUUAUAAUUAUGGAAGCAGGAGAAAUAGAUUUAUAUGAUUAUAUAAAAUAAUAAUAAUAGAAUUUAUCAUUUGAUUAGAAAUUAAAGAUUUUAAUUUAAGUAUAAUAAUAAUAACAAAUAUUAAUAGAUAACUUAAUCAAUAUAAUAUUUACAUUAAAAUAAUUUAAUUCAUAGAGAUAUUAAACCUGAAAACUUUAUUAAAGUUGCAGAUUAAUUUAAACUUAUUGAUUUUGGAUUAAUUAGACAAAAUUAAGGUAGGAUAAAGACAAUGGGAAUUGGUACACCUUUGUUUUAAGCUCCUGAAAUUGUAGAAAAUAGUUAAAAUUACACAAAAGCAGUAGACAUUUGGUCACUAGGUUGUGUAUUUUAUGAAAUUUUGACUUAAGUAUCUUUAUUUUAAGGUAUAUAACUUUUGUAAAUAUAGGGAAAACUCAUUAAGAAUUAAUAAAUAUGAUUAAAAAUUGUAAAAUUGAUAAGAAAUAUCUAUUAGAAAGAUUAGACUAAUUACCAAAAACAGGUAAAAAUGAUGAUGAAUUAAAGACCUUGUUAAUAUAAAUGUUAGAACCUUUUGAUUAAUAAAGAAUAGAAAUAAAUGUUGUUGUUUAAAAAUUAAAAACUAUAAGUUAAAAAGAUAAUAAAUUUUUUUAAAUACCAUAAUAAAUAUCUAAUAAUGAGAUAAAAUAAUUAGAAGAUUUAAUAAAAUAGAUGGGAUUAGAAUUAAAUAAUAUAAAUCAAGAAAUUAAAUAAAAUAACAAUAUUGAAAAUUAAUUUAAAAUUAUUGUUUAAGAAUAAUUUAAUAAAAUAUAGUUAUUGAUGUAAAAUUAAAUACCUUAAUAAGAUUAAACAACUGAAAUAUGUAAAUUUAUAUAAUAAAAUAUAAAUGAAUUAAAUUAAUCAAUUACAAAUUAGAUUAUGNAUUAAUCUAAGGCUGAUGAAAUUUAAUUUAUUGAUAAUCUUAUAGCAUAUUAAAAUCAAUAUGAGAAUUUAAUUAAUUAAGGAAAAUCAAAUUAUUAAUCAUCUGGUUUAAUUAGAAUUUAUGAGAGAUUUUAAAUUAAUAACUAAGAUAUUAUAAUUAUGGAAGCAGGAGAAAUAGAUUUAUAUGAUUAUAUAAAAUAAUAAUAAUAGAAUUUAUCAUUUGAUUAGAAAUUAAAGAUUUUAAUUUAAGUAUAAUAAUAAUAACAAAUAUUAAUAGAUAACUUAAUCAAUAUAAUAUUUACAUUAAAAUAAUUUAAUUCAUAGAGAUAUUAAACCUGAAAACUUUAUUAAAGUUGCAGAUUAAUUUAAACUUAUUGAUUUUGGAUUAAUUAGACAAAAUUAAGGUAGGAUAAAGACAAUGGGAAUUGGUACACCUUUGUUUUAAGCUCCUGAAAUUGUAGAAAAUAGUUAAAAUUACACAAAAGCAGUAGACAUUUGGUCACUAGGUUGUGUAUUUUAUGAAAUUUUGACUUAAGUAUCUUUAUUUUAAGGUAUAUAACUUUUGUAAAUAUAGGGAAAACUCAUUAAGAAUUAAUAAAUAUGAUUAAAAAUUGUAAAAUUGAUAAGAAAUAUCUAUUAGAAAGAUUAGACUAAUUACCAAAAACAGGUAAAAAUGAUGAUGAAUUAAAGACCUUGUUAAUAUAAAUGUUAGAACCUUUUGA